AUGCUAAACCCCAAUGCGACAGGAGGCCGGCCUUUCGCCUUCUUCCUCACCGGGUUCUCAGGGCUCGGAGCUGGCCGUCAGCUCUGGCUCUCCGUCCCAAUCUGCUUUAUGUAUCUCGUCGCUCUUUCCGGCAACUGCCUGAUCCUCGCGGUGGUCCAGCUGCACCCCAGCCUCCACGAGCCCAUGUACCUAUUCCUCUCCAUGCUGUCUCUCACUGACCUGGGCCUGUCCCUUUCCACCUUGCCAACGGUCCUUCAGAUCUACGCCUUCGGCUCCAGGGAAAUCUCCGCCGACGCCUGCCUGGCCCAGCUGUUCUUCAUCCACACCUUCUCCGUCAUGGAGAGCUCCGUGCUGCUGGCCAUGGCCUUCGACCGCUUUGUCGCGAUACGCCACCCUCUGCGGUACGUCUCGGCGCUGACCCGAGGCAGGAUCGGGGGUAUCGGGCUGGCCAUUGCCCUGAGAGGGGUGGGGCUUCACAUCCCGGCCCCCGUCCUGUUGAAGAGGCUGCCCUAUUGCCGGAGCCACCAGCUCGCCCACUCCUACUGUCUCCAUCCGGACGUGAUGAGGCUGGCCUGUGCAGACACGGCCCCCAACAGCGCCUACGGCCUCUUUGUCCUCCUCUCCACGCUGGGCCUGGACUCCUUGCUCAUCCUCCUCUCUUACGUCCUGAUCCUCAGGACCGUGCUGAGCAUCGCUUCUCGGGCGGAGCGCUCGAAAGCCCUGAGCACCUGCGUCUCCCACGUCUGCGCCGUCCUGCUCUUCUACACGCCGCUCAUCAGCUUGUCCAUGAUCCACCGCUUCUGGAAGGCGGCCCCCCACCACACCCGCAUCCUCCUCUCCUACCUCCACUUCCUGGUCCCGCCCGUGCUGAACCCCGUGGUCUACAGCAUAAAAACCCGGCAGGUUCGAAAGCAGAUCGUCAGGCUGUUCCGGCAAAAGAAUCUGACCAGGCGCAGGAAGGAUCCUGCCUUUUUGGACCCCUAG